CUGCGAUUGGUCGAGGGCUGACUGACGUCAGGGCGCGGGGCCUACGCCGUGAAAGGGGGCGACAUGCGGCCAGUCGGCUGCCUGCGAGCUGCGCUGCGGUGGAGUCGCGCCAUGAGCGUGCUAGCUUUGGAACCCCGGCCGGCGGGGAAGCGGUGGCUGGUGGUCGGCCUGGGGAACCCGGGACUGCCCGGCACGCGGCACAGCGUGGGCUUGGCGGUGCUGGGGCACCUGGCGCGGCGUCUGGGUGUGGAGGACACCUGGGCGCGCGACCGGCGCUGCGCGGCAGACCUCGCCGUGGGCUUGCUCGAGGAUGCCCAGGUGGUCCUGCUUCGGCCCCGGCGGCUCAUGAACGCCAGCGGGCGCAGCGUGUCCCGGGCCGCGGAGCUGUUUGGGCUGACGGCCGAGGAGGUCUACCUGGUGCAUGAUGAGCUGGACAAGCCCCUGGGGAAACUGGCUCUGAAGCUGGGGGGAAGCGCCAGGGGCCACAACGGAGUCCGUUCCUGCAUUAGCUGCCUCAACUCCCAUGCAAUGCCGAGGCUGCGGAUAGGCAUCGGGCGCCCUACCCACCCCGACACGGUGCAGGCUCAUGUGCUGGGCAGUUUCUCCGCGGCUGAGCAGGAACUGCUGCCUGUGUUGCUGGAGCGGGCCGCCGACAUGCUCCUGGACCACAUCCGAGCGCGGAGCCAGCGGCCGUCUCUAGGCCCUGACCUCAGUGAGCUCCUGCCGCCCUAACCACCAUGCCCGCACACCAGCCACGUUCACAGAGGUGCCAUGCCAGCCUGUGGUAUCCACUUGGUUUUUUUGUUUGUUUUUAUUUUCUAUCCACUUUUUAUAGAACUCUGCUCUGGGCUGCCCCAGCCGCCUAUAGAUUAAAGAGGGGACUAUGGCCACGGUGGUCCACUUCUGGGAUGGGGAUUGGUCUUUCUGUGUCUUACUUGGAAAGUAGAGAAACUUCAGGAAGACUAAACUUUUUGAACCUUUUCCGAGGA